ACAAAUAAUGACUCGACAGAUAUCCAAACCAGCAAACCAUUUAACAAUACGGAAAAAAUGGACCUUAGUAACGAAAACUUAACCCGUAUGAACUCCAUUCCCCUGACUGCUUUUGAAUGCUUUGGUCAGAAAGUAACUGAAACUGAAUGGACCCACCAGCAUGACUCGGGACCCAGUGUUUCCACAAUAAGCACAUUACACUGUGACAUGGCGAUGUCCUUACCAAUUCCAAAAUGGUCGAAUUCGACAAAUCUCCCCUCAUUUAGCGAUGCACAAGGCGAUGAACGUGGUACUACUGAAACAGUACAAAUGCAGAUCACCACAAAGCAGGAACCAUGCGCAACAUUACUUGUGAAGUUAGUCGACACAGUCCUCCCAGUCAGUAUCCCGAUCAGACUACUGACCACCUUGAAUCAAACUUCAAAACUAAAAUAAAGAAGCAGCGAGGAAUAGGUCAGGUAAACGAAGCGAUGACAACUGAUGACUGGUUAUAUCGGUCACUGACCCUGCAAUCGUUUGAAGAAAGCGACAGAUCGAUAUCUGAUGGUUCAUUAGUAGCUAAUGGUGGAGAAAACCAAACACAACGCAAAAUAGUUAAUACACUUGAACAUGAACUGCCCCAAUCAGUCGGAGGUCAGUAUGACGGCCAAACCUGUAUGACUGAUGCAAUGCGCGAAGCGGCGUUAAUACCACAGUUUGGAACACGGUUAAACUCCAAUUCAAUUGGUUCGUGGACUGAGGCAGGAUAUCAGUCAACGCCCUGUUCCGAUAACAUCGCUGAACACAUGCGACCACAAACCCCCACUGAUGUCAAUCAAAAUGAGUACGUGAACAAACAAGGUGAUGGUGUUUUAUGUGCAGCUUACUUGACUGAAAAUGAACCAAUAGGUCCAAUCCCAUUAUUAAGCGCCUUUUGCAAUGAAACUUCAUCACAAGAAACAGAAAGCGGAAGAGACCCAUGUAAUCAUGAACCAAUUAUUGGCGUACAUGACUCUGCAAAAAUAAACAGGCAAGCAACAGUCGGAUUGUCACCUGUUGUCCACAACCAAAACUAUAAUAAAACGAACAAUCAGGCAAACAGCCCUGCGGCCAUGAAGAAAUGA